UCUCUUGCCCGAUCUCCCCUGAAGUUUAUUUUAUAUAUUCUUUUUUUUCUCUGUAAAUAAUAUUUUAGGUCUGCGAUCGUGAGCUGAAACGAAAUUGAAUUUUCAUCGUCAGUUCGCGUGCGUUCGGUACAGGCUGCGGUCGUACGAGAUCCGAUCGAGAUAUACACGUGCGUCGUGGUACUUUCAUUUUUCACUUUUUCUCGGAAGCUGCUACGGUGAUUGGGGUUUUUGUCGUAUUUCUUCUUUCUUAAGUGGUGUUUGAGAGAGGAAGACCAGUUAGGCUAGACAGAGGAGAAGACGAUAUGGCCGAGUGGGUGAAUGGAGUGAUCAGAACUCGCCAAGAGAGCACAGACAGUUUGGAUUCGUCAUCUGCCAGGACCAAUUCAGAAACCGAGUAUGAAAACUGUUCGUCCGACUCCGAAGAAAACAAUAAAGACGAUAGCACCAGGAGCGGAUUUGAUAUCGAUGAUUUUUCCAUCAUCAAAACCAUCGGUACGGGUACAUUUGGGCGUGUACUCUUAUGCAAAAACAAACAUACCGAAGAAUAUGGCGCAAUGAAAAUACUUUGCUUGGCCGACGUCAUACGGUUGAAGCAAGUUGACCACGUCAAGAACGAGAAGAAUAUUCUUCAGGAAAUCCGAUACCCGUUUGUGGUUAAUUUAUUAUGGGCUAAUAGAGACGAGACCUGCAUCUACAUGCUUUUCGAGUACGUAUGCGGGGGCGAACUCUUUUCCUACCUAAGAAAUGCCGGCAGAUUCUCCACCUCCACCGGCAACUUUUAUAGUGCCGAAAUCGUAUCCGCUCUAGAAUAUUUACACGUAAAAAAUAUCGUUUAUAGAGACCUAAAGCCAGAAAACUUACUGCUUGACAAGGAAGGACAUUUAAAAAUAACCGAUUUUGGGUUUGCCAAGAAACUGACAGACCGGACGUGGACUUUGUGUGGUACCCCGGAAUAUUUAGCUCCAGAGAUCAUACAGAGCAAAGGACACAAUAAGGCAGUAGACUGGUGGGCGUUAGGAGUUCUCAUAUAUGAAAUGUUAGCAGGCUACCCACCAUUCUACGAUGACAACCCCUUUGGAAUAUACGAGAAAAUCCUCAGUGGUAAAAUAGAGUGGGCGAAACACAUCGAUCCCGUGGCCAAAGACCUCAUUAAAAAACUCUUGGUUCAAGACAGGACUAAAAGAUUGGGCAACAUGAAGUGUGGAGCCGAUGACGUGAAAAGACAUCGUUGGUUCAAGGGGAUUGACUGGCAAGACGUUGUCCAAAGAAAACUUAUUCCUCCGAUAGUGCCAAAAAUCAUGUAUGAAGGGGAUACUAGCAACUUUGACGAAUACCCCGAGGGAGAUUGGAAAAAUGCCAGAACAUUAGAAGACGAAGAACUGAAAUUGUUUGAGGAUUUCUGAUUUUUCGUUUUUGCUGAAAUUAGUACCAGUGUUACCUUGUGGGUAUUAUACCUGAAGUCAUUUUAGUCCUAUUCAUAUAUUGCCAUAUUAAAGAAAAAAACGGAGUGGGAGGGGGUUUUCUGCAACGUGCUGAUGCCUUAAAGUAAAAAAAAAACGUUGAUUGUGAUAUAUUGUUUAGUUUUUUAAGUGUUUUUAUAUAGUUUUAACCACUUUUUUGUACAUAAAAGUAAAUUUUAUUUAUUAGUAUGUAAGAUAAAUUGUUUGUUUGCUUUUGUUCUUUUUUUGUAGGAUUUCUUAUAAUAUAGUGAAAAUGUUAGUUUUAUUAACAUGUACUUCUUCUUUUGUAAUAAAAUAUUUAAAGUU